AUGGAAUAUAAUAAAAUAAUAUUUAUAUCGCUAUUAGCGAUUUCGGCAACAAAAUGUGAUAAUUGCGUUACUAAUGAUUUCGGUCUAAAUUUUUAUGAUAGUUUUACAAAUGCUAACCCUGUGUGUGCUGGUAUGGCUACAUGGAGCUUGGGAAACUACAGUAUUGCUGGUAUUAAUAGCCCCCACCAAGAAACGGAUUUGUUUAUAACACCCGAUGAGAAUCUGAGUUGUAUAUCAUCGUAUGAUUUUGAAAUGACGGCGGGUGGUAUACUAGAGAUUUAUGUUUACAUGGAUUCAAAGUCACAACGGGAUCAGAUCGUUGCACUUGCUAACGAGGUCUCGAGCACUGGAAAGACUAUUGUCACGGGCACUGAGGUACUGACACCUCUUAACCCUGAUUACUUUAAUGGAUGGCAUGUUUUGAAAUUACGCUUGACCAGUAACGGAAUUUUCAGUGGAUACGUGUCUUUUCUCGGAGUAGCAGCAAAAGAGUCGACGGUUAUCAUAGAUUCAUUCCGAUACGUCCCGCCAGAGUAUGACAACGUUUGUAACGUUUACGAUGGAGAUUUUGUUACCAGUAGUCCUCCUGUAAGGCCUGAACCUCCAGAAAGUUGUAUUGCUUACAAUUUUGAAACCGAUUUUGACACGUUAUUCGACAGUGAGAGUGGAGUAUGCAUUGGCUUUUCAAAAUGGAACUUGAACAACUAUAUUACUGUGCCAGUGGACCACCCAAGUGAAGAAAGCUUCAAUUUAUAGCACCACAAUCUUCUAUAAGCUGCAUUUCCUCAUUUUCAUUCAAUGCUGAAGCUGGUGGUGUAGUAGAAGUUAACGCAUACAUGGAAUCGAAAACGAACACUGACCAAAUUGCGGUGCUUGUUAAUAAAAUAGCAGAUGAUAACAGUGACGUUGUGAUCGGUAGUACAGUGCUGACACCUUUGAAUACUAAUUACGCUGACGGAUGGCAUGUUUUAAGUGUCCCUCUAUCAGGCAGUGGAAAAUUUAAUGUCUUUGUAUCGUUCCUUGGUCUGGGAUCUGCAAAAUCCUUUGUUCUAAUUGAUUCAUUCAGAUACAUUUCACCAACAUUCAAUAAGGACGAGUGUCAAAUAUACGAAGACGAAGUAUUGGAAACAACAACACCAGUUCCCAUCACAACAGUAGCUCCAGUCGGUACAGGCGAAGAGUGUGUCACAUACAACUUUGAACAAGAUUUCGAUAAUUUAUUUGACACUAACAGUCAGUUAUGCAGCGGAUAUUCUACAUGGCACCUAGGAGUUUAUCAUUCUCUGUCCAUCGAUAGCAUUAAUCCCAACAGUAAUACUUUCAUUGCACCAAAUGAUACAUCAAGUUGCAUCUCUUCGUUCGUCUUCAGAAUGAUGCCAGGAGGUGUUGUGAAAGUCAACACAUUCAUGAAGUCAGUAUCAAAAUUAGACUAUGUAAUCGUUUUGGCAAAAAAGAGAGUGCCUUCUGGUGAGGACACAGUAGCAGGAUUCACUUUAUACUACGCUUCUAAUGCACAUUUUGUUGAAGGGUGGAAUGUAUUACAAGUGACUGUAAACGAUUUUGCGACAUUUGAUGGUUAUAUCACUCUGAUCGGGUCAACUGCAGAAGAUUCGAUAGUUUUGAUUGACUCGUUCAGCUACACUCCACCUAACUCCGGCGACACCUGUGAAAUUUACUGA